AGCAAUGGAUAUGGUCAGAUCUACUUAAUUGAUCAAGUUGGCUUUUCGGCUACUGUUCGUUUACGGUAGCAUACUACUCAAACGCUGUCUUUAAACGGUAGAACACGCCCUAAACCCGAUGAGGCAGUCGUUUCAUGAGCACUGUGCUGCAGGAAUGGUGUAUGUCGUAGGCAGAGCAGUGACAAGGUUGUGCGUCCCGUGUACAGUGCGUAUUUUCACAGUCGCAAUGGCAGACGCUUUGGGUAAAGUCCCCGACGCUGAAGUCGAUCCAGAGGGAACAUUUAAGUAUAUUUUAGUGAGGAUAAAAGUAAAAGAUGGAACUGAAUACAAAGAUAUAGUGAGAGGCACAAAAAGUGCUGGGCAGUAUCACAAUCAUAUAUUUGAGAAGGUCACCCCACCAAUAACGGCUUUGGGACUGGAGUGCAACUGUCUUGGAGGAGGGAAGAUUGAGCACAACAGCAAAGACAAAAAACUGCGUGUUUUUGGGGAAUCAACUGGCUAUGGCAAAGCAGAUCAUUCAGUGUCUGUUGAGAAGCUGAAGAGUGUCUUCAAAGACUACGAGAUCACAUGGUCUGAUGAUAAAGAAUAGAUCACAUGGUCUGAUGAUAAAGAAUAUAUCACCUGGUCCUGCUAAAGAAUAGAUCACCUGGUACAAUGCUAAAGAAUAGAUCACCUGGUCUGAUGAUAAAGAAUAGAUCACAUGGUCUGAUGAUAAAGAAUAGAUCACAUGGUCUGAUGAUAAAGAAUAUAUCACCUGGUCCUGGUAAAGAAUAUAUCACCUGGUCCUGGUAAACAAUAGAGGGAAACUCCCCCUUUGUAUAUGUCUGCUAAUAUCUGCCUUAUGGCUCAACACUCCUGUUAACAAAACAACACACAUGUCACUGCAACAAUUUAAAAUCAUUAAAAUAAAAACGUUUUUUUCCCAGUU